AUGUUGCCGGCAGAAGUUACGCGGUCAUUGAGCCAGCAAUGGCCCUGUCGAGAGCUGCAAAGCAGGCAACUUGCCAACCUGCUCGGGGAUGAUUCCCCAAGCCCAUCUACGGUAGUCGUCCACGGUAUAUCGGCAACAUGCAAAUCGACCAUCGUCCGCGCCGUUCUCUCCGCCCUCGACGUGCCGCACGGGAUUGUGCGCAGCUCGGAAUGUAUCACGGGACGGCAUCUGUUGACGAAGAUAUUGUGGGCUGCGCUGGAAGCGUUGGGUUUGAAGAGCGAGUGGGAGACGUUCGGAAAGGGCAGGUGUGAGCAUGUUAGUACGCUGGCUGUGCUCUUGGGCCAGUGUCUUGCUUCGAGGCCCGGGAGGAAGUUCGUGCUCGUUUUGGAUGGCAUCGAUAAGCAGCGGGAGGCGCCGUAUACUUUGUUGCCUGCUUUGGCGAGGCUGGGGGAGAUGAUCCCCUCGCUAUGCGUCGUCUUCAUCCUCAGCACCACGCCGCGCCCGCUGUUUCUUCACUCCGCCGGUGUUCCUCAUAUCAACUUCCCUCCGUACACGCGAGUGGAAGCGGCGAAGAUUAUUCUACACCUGGGCGCUCCGGCCACAGGGCUCGCGGAGGAUGUCGCAUCCAGGCUCUACCCGCAUUUCGUGUACGCCAUCUACGACUCGCUAGUCGGGCCUACAGUGGCAUCCAUACCUAAUUUCCGCUCCAUAUGCGAGAGACUCUGGCCGCAGUUCGUGUCUCCCAUCACCGACGGCCAGACACCCCCGGGCAACAUCGGGGAGUGGGACUUUGCGCGACUGCUGGUCAAGAACCGGUCUAUGUUCCGCCAUCAGGGCGAGUCGGCGCUCGUGCACCACAUUGUCACAGACGAAUCGUCCCUCUCCGGCAACGGCACCACCAAGCUACCUCCAGCAGCCGUUCUAGCUCCAUCUCCCCUCCCCACCCUCCCCUACUUCCCAACCCUAAUCCUAACAUCAGCAUACCUCGCCUCCCACAUCCCCCAACGCCUCGAUACAAUCUUCUUCUCCAAAUUCUCCUCCUCCUCCCUCUCAGCCCGAAACAAGCGCGCCCACCACCGCCGCCGCCUCAAAGUCCUCUCCCAAGCGCAAGCCGAAGACGCCCGCAACGCAGCAACGGCUUCCUCCUCAACACCCAAAAAGGGCAAACGCACCAAAACCCGCAUCACAAAACACACCCUCAACAACGCCUUCGCCACCUCCUCAGCCACAACCUCCGCCGCAGCCGCAGGCAUCACAGGCCCCUCCACAAUCCUCACAGCAAGACCCUUCCCCCUCGAACGCCUCGUCGCAAUCUACCACGCCGUCGACCCCAACCCCCCCUCCAACCCCGUCCGCCUCGCCGCCAUGUCGGACGCGAUCUACGCUGAGCUGGCUACGCUGCGCCGUCUGCGCCUCGUCGUCCCUGCCGCGGGGCGCGACAGUGGUGGACGCAUGGGACUCGGUUCUGGCGGGCUGAGUAGUGGGAAUACGUCUGCUGAUGCGGGCGAGAAGUGGUGCGUGAAUGUCUCGGGGGAUUGGAUUGGGGAGAUGGCGAAGACUGUGGGGGUUGAGGUUGGGGAGUGGUUGGCGGGGGGGUUGGAUUAA